GUUCCGGGCUGUGGCCCGGUGGCGGGAGUUUUCGGAUAUUUUGGCUGGGUCCCUGGCUGCAGCGGUUGGGCUGAGCCGGUCGUGCUGAGACUGCAAGUAUUGUUUCUCCACCGAGUUCCCCGCAGUGGAUCUUGUCUUCCUUCGGCUCUCGGGAGCUGCGGGGAAGCAUGGACCGGCACCGACCGCGGCUGCACCACCCCAACCCGAGCGCCGCCGCCGGGGCCCCCUCGCUCCGCGCAGUCAGGCUGCCGCGCAGGAAGGGCCACCCACACUCCCCGGCACCCGUUGGCCUGGAGGAGCCUGGAGAGAAACGUCCCAAAUUUCUGGAUAAAUUUGCCAGUAUAAGAAUUCCUGGGAGCAAGAAAGAGAGACCUCCACUUUCUAACCUGAAGGCUGCAUUUGCAAGCAAUGAAAGCUCUUCAGAGAUGGUGGGAAACAUUCCAAAGCCACUGUCUGAGAAUGAAGUCUUAGAACUUUUUGAAAAGAUGAUGGAAGAUAUGAAUUUAAAUGAAGAUAAAAAGGCACCAUUGCGGGAAAAGGACUUCAGUAUCAAAAAAGAAAUGGUGAUGCAGUACAUUAAUACUGCUUCCAAGACAGGAAGCCUUAAGAGAAUUCGACAGACCUCACCGCAGGAAUUCAUUCAUGAAUUGAAAAUGGGGUCUGCAGAUGAGAGACUUGUCAUGUGUCUGGAGUCCCUCCGUGUGUCUUUGACAAGCAACCCUGUGAGUUGGGUAGAAAGCUUUGGACAUGAGGGACUUGGAUUAUUACUGGACAUUUUGGAAAGACUGAUUAGUGGCAGAAUACAAGAAAAAAAUGUAAAGAAGAAUCAGCACAAAGUUAUUCAGUGUCUGAAGGCCCUGAUGAACACACAGUAUGGCCUGGAAAGAAUUAUGAGUGAAGAGAGGAGUCUUUCUUUAUUAGCCAAAGCCAUUGAUCCUGAGCAUCCCAAUAUGAUGACAGAUGUGGUCAAGCUUCUCUCUGCGGUAUGCAUUGUAGGGGAGGAAAGCAUCCUUGAAGAAGUUUUAGAAGCUUUAACAUCAGCUGGCGAAGAAAGAAAAAUUGACAGAUUUUCUUCUAUUGUGGAAGGUCUUCGGCACAAUUCAGUUCAACUACAGGUUGCCUGUAUGCAGCUCAUCAAUGCUCUUGUUACGUCUCCGGAUGAUUUGGAUUUCAGGCUGCACAUCAGAAAUGAAUUUAUGCGUUGUGGAUUGAAGGAGAUAUUGCCAAACUUAAGCUGUAUUAAAAAUGAUGGCCUGGAUAUCCAACUCAAAGUUUUUGAUGAGCAUAAGGAGGAAGAUUUGAUUGAAUUCUCCCAUCGCCUUGAAGAUAUUAAAGCUGAAUUUGAUGAAGCAUUUGAUGUUUACAAUAUGCUGUGGAGCACAGUUAAGGAAACUAGAACUGAGGGCUAUUUUAUUUCUAUUCUUCAGCAUCUUUUACUGAUUCGAAAUGAUCAUUUUAUAAGGCAACAAUACUUCAAAUUAAUUGAUGAAUGUGUAUCUCAGAUUGUAUUACAUAGAGAUGGGAUAGAUCCAGACUUCACAUAUCGGAAACGACUAAAUGUAGAUUUAAGUCAAUUUGUUGAUACUUGUAUUGAUCAAGCAAAAUUGGAAGCUACUGAAGAGAAAGCAUCAGAAUUUUAUAAGAAAUUUGAAAAAGAGUUUACAGACCACCAAGAAACUCAGGCUCAGUUGCAGAAAAAAGAGGCAAAGAUUAAUGAGCUUCAAGCAGAGUUACAAGCUUUUAAAUCUCAGUUUGGUGCCUUGCCAGCUGGUACAAAUAUCUCUUUGAUCCCAUCAAAACAAAGUGGAGCUGACCAUCCAGCUAUUCCUCUUCCUCCACCACUGCCUGCUUUUGGGGGGGUGCCUCCCCCCCCUCCACCGCCACCUCCACCACUUCCAGGAAUGCCAAUGCCAUUUGGAGGCCCUGUACCUCCUCCUCCACCUCUGGGGUUUCUCAGUGGACAAAAACCUCCCCCUCAAGUCCUGCCAUUUGGGUUAAAACCAAAGAAAGAAUUUAAACCUGAAACCAUCAUGAGAAGAUUGAAUUGGUUAAAGAUCAGACCUCAUGAAAUGUCUGAAAACUGUUUUUGGGUACAAGCAAAUGAAAAUAAGUAUGAGAAUGUGGAUUUGCUUUGUAAAUUGGAGAAUAUAUUUUGCUGUCAAAAGAAAGAGAAAAGGGAAGAGGAAGAUCCUGAAGAGAAGAAAGCUCUGAAGAAAAAAAUUAAAGAACUUAAAUUUUUGGAUUCUAAAAUUGCCCAAAAUCUUUCAAUCUUCCUGAGUUCCUUUCGGGUGCCCUAUGAAGAAAUCAAAAUGAUGAUAUUGGAAGUGGAUGAAACACACCUGGCAGAAUCUAUGAUUCAGAACUUACUAAAACACCUUCCUGAUCAAGAACAACUAAAUUCUUUGUCUCGGUUCAAGAGUGACUAUAACAACUUAUGUGAACCUGAACAGUUUGCUGUUGUGAUGAGCAAUGUGAAGAGACUACGGCCACGGCUCAGUGCUAUUCUCUUUAAACUUCAGUUUGAAGAGCAGGUGAACAACAUCAAACCUGACAUCAUGGCUGUCAGUUCUGCCUGCGAAGAAAUAAAGAAGAGCAAAAGCUUUAGCAAGUUGCUGGAACUUGUAUUGUUAAUGGGAAACUACAUGAAUGCUGGCUCCCGGAAUGCUCAAACCUUCGGAUUUAACCUUAGCUCUCUCUGUAAACUAAAGGACACAAAAUCAGCUGAUCAGAAAACAACGCUGCUUCAUUUUCUGGUGGAAAUAUGUGAAGAAAAAUACCCUGAUAUCCUGACUUUUGUGGAGGAUUUGGAACAUUUAGACAAAGCUAGUAAAGUCUCAGUAGAAACGCUGGAAAAGAAUUUGAAGCAGAUGGGAAGGCAACUUCAACAGCUUGAGAAAGAUUUGGAAACCUUUCCCCCUCCUGAGGACUUGCAUGAUAAGUUUGUGAUAAAGAUGUCCAGCUUUGUUAUCCGUGCAAAGGAACAAUAUGAGAAACUUUUCAAGUUGCAUGAAAACAUGGAAAAGUUAUACCAGAGUAUAAUGGGAUACUAUGCAAUCGAUGUGAAAAAGGUGUCUGUCGAAGAUUUUUUUACAGACUUGAGUAACUUCAGGACUACAUUUAUGCAAGCAAUAAAGGAGAAUGUCAAAAAAAGAGAAGCAGAAGAAAAAGAGAAACGUGCCAGAAUAGCGAAAGAAUUGGCAGAGAAAGAAAGACUUGAACGCCAGCAAAAGAAAAAACGCCUAUUAGAAAUGAAGACGGAGGGUGAUGAGACAGGAGUGAUGGAUAGUCUGCUGGAGGCCUUGCAGUCAGGGGCUGCCUUCCGUGACCGGAGAAAAAGGACACCGAAGCCAAAAGAUAUUCGACAAAGUCUCAGUCCGAUGUCUCAGAGGCCUGUUCUCAAAGUCUGUAACCAUGAAAAUCAGAAAGUGCAGUUGACAGAAGGGUCACGUUCACACAACAAUAUCAAUUGCAACUCAACAAGGACUCCAGUCGCCAAGGAGCUUAAUUAUAAUCUAGACACUCAUACAUCUACAGGGAGGAUCAAGGCAGUGGAGAAUAAGGACGCCUGUAAAGUAGAAAGCAACAGAAAAAUGGAACUUCUUGGCUCUGAUUCUAAAAAUGAAUCCAUUCCCGAAGUUGAAGCCCUGCUGGCAAGAUUACGAGCUUUAUAAAUUAAACUGGUAAAAAAUGAUUAAGUCAAAUAAAAAGCUAUGCUCUGAGCUAUAACACUUGAAAAAGCUGCUUUAUAUAUAAGUGACUUUAUAUAGUUUUAAAUUAUGAUAUAUAUUAGUAAAAUAAAGCUAAAUAUGAUUGCAAUGCUUUUUUCUAUGUACUUAAGAUUUUGACUUAUUCGAGAUUGUAAUGGGCUUUAAUGCAUUCUUAUUGUCUCCUGGUGUUCUAUAUUUGGUGAUUAAAUUAUAUAUAAUGCUUUAGAGAGCCGGGAAGUUACUAUGUGUCCUAAGGAAAUACCAAAAUUCUCAGUCACUAUGAUUUUUCAUUAUUUUCACCAUUAAUGAACAUGAAAUCAUCAGCCUCCCUUCUUGCUAGAUAUCCAUGUAUUUUCAGUAAAUUAUAUUACACACACACACACACACGGGUGUCAGAAAAGUCUUGCAUAUUUUUUCUAUGUUUUCCUAUGCAAACAUCACCAUUACUUUUCAGACAACCCAAUAGAUACCCAGGUUUCUCCUUGGUUGGUUUCUAUAUGCCUUCAAUAUGGCACUAGAACUGAAUAUAGGAGAACUCUGAGGAAAUAUUGUUAAGUUCAUUAUCAUCAUUGUUGAGUUCAUGUUCAUUAGCCCUUGUAGCAGACUAGCAGACAACUGGAUCUAAUUCCAAAAAUGCUGGGAUGGAAAUGUAUGCACUCUCUUUGCAAAGUGCAUGUGCUUUCAUAUAAGAAGAAUGUAUACAGUGUUACAGUGCUGCUGAAAUGCUUAGCCAAAAGAGUUUACUUUACUUUAUCAAAUAUGACUCUGGGGUAGGAAGAUCUUUUCUGCGAGAAAAUUUCAGUUUCUUUGAUAUGACAAUCAGUUACUAUAAUAAAGAAAAGCGUUUCAAAGAAAGUUUUUCUAUGCAAUUGUUAUAAUCCUGUCGUAUCUAAGGCAUCAAGAUAACUGUUAAUUCUGUAGCAAAAAAAAAUAAAGUUAUUACUUGUGCUAAGAAAAAAGUA